AUGGCUGCCGCAGAAGACCUGGGUAGCCGGUCUUUAUGCAUGCUGAAACAGGACAACCUUGGCCUUGACGGCGAAUUAAGCUGGAUUCCCAUCGGUAUUCCGCCACUGGGCGAGUUUUGUGACAGCCAUGAGGUCGACAUGGAUGGGAUACUAAGGUUCACUUGGGGCCUAGUGCUAGGAAUCUACACUGGCGCAAGCGACGUCAGUUUUCAUUGUAUUCGUUCCGCGAAUGCCAGUAAUGAGCCGCCUUUCGCAGGAUGGGUCCAUCGAAUGGAGAUUGACAGGAGUAACCCUAUCUUAGGCCUUUUGAAGAAGAGUCUGAGCGACAGGUUCUACCGGAAUGGUGCCCAGCCACAGGAUGCUGGUCAGGAUUUAGCCCUGGAGGGUUGUGACACCGUCUUAAUGAUCAACAAUGGUCCUGGGAGAGCCUCUCAAGUGUUACGGGAACAUACUAUGGCCGAUAUUAGAAUUAUUUUGGAGGUUAAUGGAAUGAUGGUAAGCCUAGGAUACUCGACAUCAAAGCUCGGUAGCCUCCAGGCAAAGAGCAUGGCAGCCAAAAUAAGUAGGGUCAUUACUGCGCUGAUAGAUCAACCAUGGAUGGCUGUGGGCGAUCUCGAUUGGUGUGAUGAAGAGGACUUGUCGAUGCUUCAAAAGUGGAAUAACUUUGAAGUGACAUGGGAGGAGAAGUGUGUCCAUGACUUGAUAUCCCAGCAAGCUACGGAGACACCAGACAAUCUGGCUGUUGAUGCCUGGGAUGGCCAUUUUACCUACCGAGAAUUGGACCAUCUCUCGUCCAAGCUCGCAGUAUAUCUACGGACACUGGGAGUCAUUCCGGAGACCUUUGUUGCUUUGUGCUUUGAAAAGUCAAAGUGGCUUGUUGUUUCUCUCCUUGCUGUUAUCAAGGCUGGAGCAGCAUAUGUUGUUAUUGAGCCAUAUUAUCCCGCUCCCCGCAUGAAACAGAUCUGCGACCAACUUCAAAUCGAUCUUCUGUUGGCUAGCCCAGAUUUGUUCGAUACAGCUCGUACGCUAUCGGAUCGGGUCGUGGUCGUCAAAGAGGGUUCCGAACACUUUGAUGACCGCUGCAAGGGGGAUGACGAAAGGCAAACCGAGGCCCCUAGCAGCCCUCAUAAUGCACUCUACGUUGUGUUCUCAUCGGGAUCGACCGGCAAUCCAAAGGGGAUUGUAGUGGAGCAUGCGGCGUUUGUGAGCUGGGGCACGCUGCUAGGAGAACCCCUCUGUUUGGAUGGACAAUCCCGGGUUCUCCAAUUUUCGAGUUUCGCAUUUCUUAUAGCCCACCGGGAUGUGCUGCUCACCCUUAUGUUUGGAGGUUGUGUUUGCAUACCAUCUGAAUCACAACGGCUAAAUCACCUCGAGACAUUUAUAACGGAAUAUCAGGUCAAUUGGGCCAAUCUUACACCUUCAGUGGCUGCACUGCUCGAUCCAGAUAUGACACCUGGCCUCAAAACCUUGCUUCUCACUAGUGAACCCAUGUCACUCGCGAGCCUCAGUAGGUGGGAAGGUAAAGCGAACCUUAUGUUCGCCUAUGGCCAAGCAGAGAGUGUCAGUCUCUGCUGUGUGAGGAAGAACCCAACGGUUGGUUCGGAUCGAAAGAACGUGGGCCAUAGGAUCGGAAGAGCAAUUUGGCUGGUAGACCCCUACGACCAUGAUAAGUUGGUCCCUGUGGGAGCGGUUGGCGAGUUAGUCAUCGAAGGCCCUGUAUUGGCUCGUGGCUAUCUUGAUGUUGAGAGGACGGCACUCGCUUUUCUUCAGGAUGCGAUGUGGCAGCGCAAGCUAAAACCAGGCUACCGUGGGCGGCUCUACAAGACAGGAGAUUUGGCACAAUUCACCGACGAUGGGUCCGUCCGAUUUCUAAGUCGAAAAGAUAAUUCGGUCAAGCUAUACGGCCAACGAGUGGACUUGGAUGAAGUGGUGGGCCACAUUCAGCGUUGUCUAGCGGAACAGUCAGACACCGCAGUGCACGACGUGGUCGUGGAUCUAUGCCCUGCGCCCAACUCCAAUGAUAUCAAGUUGGUAGCAUUUUUCGGAUUCAACCGCACCUCGCCCAAUAACACGGGUGCUGUUCCCCUGGGUUCUCUAGAUCGAGCCCCUGCAUACCUACACGAAUUAAAGGCCCGUUUAACCGGUGUCAUUCCGCGGUACAUGAUUCCUGCUCUUGUCGUGCCGGUAUCCCGCAUACCACUGAAUCUGUCAGGUAAAACCGAUCGCAGAAUGCUACGCGAGCUCCUCUCUCAGAUGACGGUUGCUCAGGUGGAUAUGUGCAUGGGAUCCAAUGCCAGUCAUGAGGCCCCACGCACCGACGAAGAGCUCAGGCUGCGUUCACUUUGGUCACAGGCUUUGAACAUUGUGGAAUCGAGCAUUGGGAGACGGGACGACUUCUUCCAACGAGGAGGCGACUCCUUGACAGCGAUGAAGCUGGUCUCAGCUGCACAUGCGGCCGGUCUGUCUCUGACAUUCAGUGAUAUUUUUGCGAAUACAUCACUGUUAGAUCAAGCCAAUCUGACGAACUCGACACAAGAGCAAGAACAACGAGAUUAUCGUUGUGCUCCGUUUGAAUUAAUUACGGAGAGUCGAAAGCAAGUUAUCCUGGGCAUAGCAGCCAAAGAAUACGGAUUGUCAGAGGCGCAGAUUGAGGAUAUUUACCCGACCACACCCAUGCAGGAGGGCCUAAUCGCACUGAAUACUCUACGGCCGGGAUCCUAUGUGGCACGGCGAGUUUACAAAAUUGAAAACGACGUUAGUGUUAGCAGGUUGGAGGCAGCUUGGAAGGCCACCUUGAACGCCAAUCCUCCCCUACGAACCCGUGUCAUACGGUGCUCUGAUGAUGGCUCAACGUAUCAAGUUGUUGCUCGUGGCGACUUUGAGUUUGACAUUCACCAUGAUCUCAAUGAAUAUUUGGAGCAAGACAAGGCCAAAUCAAUGAGCCUAGGUGCACCACUAGUACGGUUGGCGCUAAUUUCCAGCACCAGAGAAGUGUCAAAGCAUUGCGUCCUCACUAUGCAUCACUGCAUAUACGAUGCGUGGUCAAUGUCCGUGCUCCUGGGACAGGUUCAUGCCGCGUAUCAUGGCAGCCAUUUGGCUCCACAACCGUUUAACGGGUUUGUGAAAUAUGUUCACCAGUCCAACGCGAAUGCAUCGGAGCACUGGAAAGCCGAGAUGGCUGAUGUGCGAGCCGAACAGUUUCCCGCCUUGCCGUCUACAACUUAUUCUCCGAAUACCACAGAAUCUGAGAAGCUGGAUAUCCGGCUGCCUCCAAGCAACGCCUCAGCAAACAUUACCCUCUCUACUCGUAUACAGCUAGCGUGGGCAGUAACCUUGGCUAGCUAUACUGGCGUAAAUGAUGUUGUGUUCGGCGUGACAGUUUCUGGAAGGGGAUCGCCUGUACCGGGAAUUGACAAGAUGGCUGGCCCUACAAUCACAACAUUCCCUUUACGGGUUCAGUUGAAGUCACACUUGCCAAUCCACGAGGAGCUUCAGACCUUGCAGAGCCGUGUAAUAUUGACGAUGCCAUUUGAACAUUUUGGGAUCCAGAAUAUCAGUCGGCUUGGAAACGACGCUGCCAGGGCAUGCAAAUUUCAGAGUCUUCUGGUGAUCCAGCAGAAUCUGUCCUCAUCCGAACAGUCUGGGAUCUUCAGCAGCGUCGAGGGUCUUGCUAUCGCACAGCGAACGUGGGAUACAUAUGCACUAACUAUUUUGUGUACUCCCGCUGAUGAUGGGAUGGUUCAUAUGGAGGCAGUUUACGAUGCAGCUGUAAUACCCCAGGCUCAGAUACGACGGAUACUACAAGUUUUUGCAAAUGUCUUGAAACAAAUAGUCUCAUUCCCGCACAGAGUAGUGGGUGAUAUAGAGAGAAUCAGCGCGGAGGAUUGGCAGCAACUCCAGGUCUGGAACAGCUUGAAGUCUCCAGCAGUUGCGAGGUGCGUCCACGAUAUGAUCCACGACCAUUGUGUAUCGCAACCAGAUGCAACCGCGAUUGAUGCCUGGGAUGGCCAGCUCACUUAUACGGAACUCGAUGAGCGGUCCUCGCUGCUUUCGGCGAAUUUGAGAGAGAAAGGUAUACACCAGGAUCUUUUUGUUCCCCUCUGCUUCGAAAAGUCAAAAUGGGUUGCGGUUGCCGUCCUGGCCGUCGUGAAAGCAGGCGGAGCAUUUAUACUUCUAGAUCCAUCUCACCCGCCCGAACGGCUUGCGUGGAUAUGUAAGAAUGCGAAAGCCACAAUGAUUCUUUGUUCCAGGGACAUGGCUGGGCUAGCGGCGCAGCUAUCCUGCGAACACAUUGUCCAGGUGGAUGGAAGCAGCACCACCGAGAACAAAGUCUCGCCGACGGCUUGCAGAGUUCAACCCUGCCAGACGCUUCCCAGCCAUGCCCUAUGCGCCGUAUAUACCUCUGGGUCGACGGGAACGCCAAAGGGCGCUGUCAUCGAUCACUCAGCCCUUGCCACUCAAAUCACCGCCCUUGGGCCUUGCUAUAACAUGAAUCAUCAGUCCCGUGUAUUCCAGUUUGCAUCUCACGCCUUUGAUGUAGCUGUUGGAGAUUACCUGUUUAGCCUGGCCCUUGGAGCGUGCGUGUGUAUCCCCAAGGAAACAGAAAGCCGGGACAACCUCGCUGGCGCCAUCAGAGAACGCAAGGCAAAUUGGACCUUCCUGACACCUUCAGUCGCUCGAACUUUGGAUCCUCGUACUGUACCGGAGAUUAAGGUAUUGGUAAUUGGUGGAGAGUCCGCCAGGCCAACAGACUUUACGACUUGGUCAGGCGCGGUGAGACUGUUCUACGUCUAUGGUCCUGCUGAAUGCACCAUUUACACCACUGUGCAGACCAAGACGCAGCCGAAUGCUAAUCCGGCGAAUGUUGGAUUAGGAGUCACAGCCGCAUGCUGGCUGGUAGAACCCAAUAAUCCAGAGAGGCUAUCUGCAAUUGGGGCGGUUGGGGAGUUAUUGAUCGAGGGUCCAAUUGUUGCUGGUGGUUACCUUGGAGAUGAGGACCUCAGUAGCUCAUCCUUCAUUCCACCCCCACGGUGGUUGCGCGUUCUAAGGGAAGGCAAACAAGCCAAACGACUCUACAGAACAGGGGACAUGUUGCGAUACAGCCCCAUAGGCGAUGGGUCGCUCGAGUUUGUCGGCCGGAAAGACAAACAGAUCAAGCUUCGCGGACAAAGAAUGGAGCUUGCAGAGAUUGAGCAUCAGGUUACGCGGUCUUUUCCCAUGGCAACCGAUGCCAUAGUGGAGGUUAUUACACCCUCGGAUUUGGAAAGCCAGAAGUUACUGGUUGCAUUCGUCUGGGACGCUGCCAAUGCUAUAGAUCAACCUGAUUCAGGCAAGCUGCCGGAAUCAAACGUGUUUGCCGCACCCGAUAGAUCUUUCCAGCUUCGGUCUUCGAGCGCAGAGGUCGCACUACGGAAGAGCCUGCCGCCCUUUAUGGUCCCUUCGUUAUUCAUUCCACUAAAGCAGUUACCACUUGGCCCUACCGGCAAGGCCAAUCGGCGCCUUAUGAAAGACCAAGCCUGCCUGCUCUCCCGACAGGAGCUCAGUAUCUACCAGGGCUCUAAGCCAUCCAUCAAGAUGCUUCCAUCUAAUGAGUCAGAAGAAAAGAUACGCCAACUUGUAGCCGAUGUCCUCGGUCUAAGUGCGAAUGACGUGGGAAUGAAUGACAACUUUUUCCACCUUGGCGGUGACUCCAUCAGUGCCAUGGUUAUUUCCGCACGGGCGACUGACAUGAAUCUGGGAUUGACGGCGGCCAACAUCCUGGUUCAUCCUCGCCUCCGGGACAUGGCUACUGUAGUCAUACGUGAGAGUAUUGACCGGGGCUCCUCCUCUGAAGAACACCCGCCGCCACCACCUUUCUCGCUACUCCCAACGAGCUAUCACCACGAGGAGUUGAUGCGGGAAGUGACGAAGCAAUGCAAUAUAGACGGGAAUAGUGUGGAAGACGUAUAUCCCUGCACACCACUACAGGAAGGAUUAUUCGCUCUGACGAUAAAGCAACCUGGUGCGUACGUCUUCAAUUUCACACUCGAGCUCGCUCAAGAUGUUGAUGUGGAUCGUUUCCAAAACGCAUGGGACAUUGUGAUGGAUGCAAAUCCUAUCCUUCGCACGAGAAUAGUCUGUGCCACCAGCAUAGGAGGCAACUUGGUACAGGUUGUCAUGCGCAAGGCCAGCUACAGGCGAUCAAUCACCAGAGCUGGCGAGCACUCUGUUAGCCUAGGCGAGCCAUUGUUUAGCAUCCAGAUUUUGGCACCAGACAAGGAUGUGGAUCGAUAUCGAGCAGUUGUGACUAUUCAUCAUGCUCUCUAUGAUGGGGUAUCUCUAGGCUUGAUUAUGACACAACUAUCAACAGCUUAUUAUAAUGGCGAGAGCCUAAACUCACAGCCAUAUAGCUGCUUCGUCCGACACUGCCUCUCACUGCCCGCAGAAGAUGAGCUCAAACGCUUCUGGGACGCCGAGUUGGCCAACGCUACUUGUGCAUCACUCACAACAGUGUCUAUGGAUUCCUAUUUCGUGCAAGCCCCGAGAUGCACGGAACGUCGUAUUACCCUUCCAUCCGAGGCACACCUCAACACCCCGUUGUCAGCAGCGCUCAGAUUCGCUUGGGGAACAGCCUUGUCGAUGUUUACUGGAGAAAGCGACGCUGUCUUUGGCACUGUAAUCAGCGGCCGAAUGACAAAUCUUAGAGGCAUUGACAAGAUCUCUGGACCUACCAUUGCGACUGUCCCGUUUCGAAUUCGACAGGUGCCCGCCAUGACCAUCCAGGAUGCUCUGGAUGAAGUGCAGUCGCGAAGCGUAAGAAUGAUUCCCUUCGAACAGACCGGGUUGCAGCGGAUCCGUAAACUCGGUUAUGCCGAUGCUUGUCGGUUUCAGAGUCUCUUGAUCGUACAAUUCUCAGAGGAAGAGGACUUUCCCGAAAGCCCCUUAUACCAACAGGUUCAGGGAGAACCAGGCCCGGCAUUCCACACCUAUCCACUGACAAUAGUGUGCACACCGUCAGCCGAUUCCGUCCAUGUUCGCGCGACGUUCGACUCGGAGGCGAUACCUUCGAUCUCGGUAGAACGACUUUUGGCUCAAUACUCUGACAUCCUCAUGUACAUACAUGCCAUGCCGUGGAAGCCUGUGUCUUCCAUGCCUUCACAAAGCAUGGAAGAUGCGAGACGAGUAUGGGCCUGGAACGAGAUUGUCCCGCGCCGGGAAGAUACCUGUGUCCAUGAGAUCAUUGCGGACAACCUUGCUAAGCGACGGGGUGCUUCCGCAGUCUGUGCAUGGGAUGGUAAGUUGACUUACGGAGAGUUAGAGGACAUGUCGGCAAGACUUGCAGCGCACUUAACAGGUCUCGGGGUAGGCAUUGGGACUAUGGUUCCACUGUGCUUCGAGAAAUCAUUAUGGGCGAUAGUUGCUACAUUGGCAGUGCUCAAGGCCGGCGGUACGUUUGUUCCUCUGGACGUGUCACAGGCCGCAGGUCGUCGAGACGCUAUCCUAGCCCGCGUAGGAGCAGAGGUGAUAUUAACAUCCGCCAAACAUGCUGCCACGCUUGCUGGAGUUAAUCGGAUUAUUAUUCCCGUGCAUAAUGCGAGUAUAAAGACGUUACCCAUGGUGACCGCCCCCUUGUCUAGUCCAACCCUUGAUGGGCUGGCCUCAUCUGGGGCAUACGUGUUCUUCACGUCUGGAAGCACCGGCCAGCCGAAAGGGGUUGUUGUAGAUCAUGCCGCGCUCAGCACCAGUUGCCUCUCCCAUGGGGCGAGGAUGGGGUUCAACGAACACACAAGGACACUUCAAUUUACCUCAUACACAUUCGAUAUAAGCCUGAUGGAGAUAUUGACGACCCUCGUCUACGGGGGUUGCAUCUGUGUGCCAUCCGACUCGGACAGGUUCAAUGAUCUGGAGCUGAGCGCCGACACCAUGGAGGUCAAUACUAUGUCUCUCACCGCGUCCGUGGCAAGACUUGUGGAGCCACAACGCAUACCCUCCCUGCAAACCAUCAUAUUUGUGGGGGAAAAUGCCAAUGAUGAUGAUUUUAAGAAGUGGGCACACAUUCCUCAGAUCUUCGACGCGUAUGGUCCCACUGAAUGUACCAUCUUCUGCUCAAUAAACCAGGUCCAAGUCAGCAACGGCGGUGGUUCCCAGAUCGGAAAUGCUGUCGGUGCCGUGUCCUGGGUCGUGUCUCCAGAUGAUCAUAACCGGUUGGUGCCAAUUGGAGCUGUCGGAGAACUGCUCGUAGAGGGACCACUUCUGGCCCGAGGCUACUUAGGCGACGCGGAAAGGACAUCGGCAGUCUUCGUCGAGGAUCCAAGUUGGCUAGUACAGGGUAUCACGGGUCAUCCUGGCAGACGAGGACGACUGUACAAAACAGGCGACCUGGUGCGCUAUAACGAGGACGGGAGCUUGAUGUACUUGGGGCGUAAGGACACUCAGGUUAAGAUCCGCGGUCACCGUGUGGAGUUGGGUGAAGUGGAAUGCCAUGUUCGCGACUGUAUGGUCGACGUGAAGCAGGCGGUCGUGGUGGCCACUGCUCCGGAUGGAGGGGAUGCUGGACCUGUGUUGGCGGCUUUUUUGUGCUUUGGGGAUGUGAAGCUUCCAUCGGAAGACGAUGCCCGUGCCAUUACAAUCCCAUGGUCGGUAAGAGACGCACUUGCCGAUCGUUUACCGACGUAUAUGAUACCCAGUGUCUACAUCGCUGUUGGGCGACUGCCACUAAAUACAUCUGGCAAGAUGGAUCGCCGUCACCUCCAAAACAUCGCCACGGAUCAUUUCCGAGCAAGGCUGGCCAAGGGAAGAAUAAAGCGGGACCAGGACAACUUCCGUGAUGAAGCGGGAUUUAAGCUGCAGAGUACAUCUCUACCUUCAACAUUUCGUGACUGUUCCAACAAGACAGAACGACGGUUAAGAGCAUUUUGGGCGAAAAUCCUCGGACUCAAAAGCGAGACGAUAAGUGUCGAUGACAACUUUUACGACAUUGGCGGGGACUCUAUUCGAAUCAUCAGCCUCAUAAGGCUAAUCCAGAAUGAAUUUGGUACUCAUUUGGGUGCGUCCUUGAUCAAUAGCCGCAAUACAACAAUUGCCAAGAUGUCAGAGUGUAUUGAUACAAAGUCUGAGGAGGGUCCAAGAUUGGACCUGGAGGGAGAGAUAGGAGCUGCAUUAUCCUCCACCUGGACAGCAGCAGUCUCUCAGUCAUGGUUCAACCCAUCCAAGCUAGUGGAUACACACGCUACAGUUUUCCUCACUGGCGGAACUGGGUAUCUCGGCACCCAGAUUCUACGUUGUCUUCUAACAUCGAAUACAGUUGAACAGGUAGUGGCUCUUGUACGUGCCGCCUCUGCUGCUCAAGGCCUAGCAAGGUUGAAACAGACAGCAGCUAUUGCGGGAUGGUGGAGGACAGAGUACGAGACACGCAUCGAGGUGUGGAUAGGAGAUCUCGAACUUCCCAAGCUGGGGUUGAGUGACUCCCAAUGGCGUCAGUUGUCCGGCACGGCGACAACCAACAAUAUUGGCGCCAUCAUUCACAACGGCGCCCUCGUGAACUGGAAUAUGGACUAUGAUAGACUACGGCCAUCAAACGUGCUUUCCACCGUUGAGCUUCUCAAGGCUGCCGUUCUGUCUCGUGAUUCACCACGGUUUGUUUUCGUGUCUGGCGGCGCCAUAGCUGAAUUACAAGCCAGUCCUGGAAAUCAGGCUGCUGUGGAGCAGCUAAGCCGGAGUAACGGGUACGCCCAGAGUAAAUUUGUUGCCGAGUCCAUCGUCCGUCGCUUUGCGUCUCAAUUACCGCUGUCUCAGAACCGGUUCUCAGUCAUCAAGCCAGGCAUGAUCAUCGGAACCGCCGAUGAAGGUGUUCCUAACCUCGACGACUUCAUCUGGAGAAUUGUCGCCACUGCGUCGCGGUUACAGCUGUACCCCCUGGAGACCGAAGAGCGCUGGGUGCCCAUCACCGAUGCAGGGUUUAUUGCAACACAAACUGUGACCCAGAUACUCUCAAACGACAUCUCGUCAUACAUCAAUGCAGCGACUCAGUUUGGCCUAAGCACUUCUGAGUUUUGGGCACAGGUCAAUUUCGAGUUAAAGCAUACAUGUCAACCAGUCCGAUGGGAUCUUUGGGUGGAACGAGCUCUGGACGAUACAAGUCAGGUUGGCGAAAGCCAUCCACUUUGGCCGGUGCAGCAAUUUGUACGAGGCAGGAAGCAGGACGCCAUUUCCAUCCCAUCUCCGCUCUCUCCUCCAAAUAGAAAGGUACUUCACGAGGCUGUACAAGCUAAUGUGCGUUACCUUGGCAGGGUGGGGUAUCUUGAAUGCCGAGACAGUGAUUAUUUGAAAGACCAGCCUGGAAUUCUUCAUCGGUCAACUGCUGUCCCAGCUCCCAACAUCGAGAUACAUACCAACUCUAGACUCAACCCCUCACCACGGAGAUCAGCAGUUUAA